ACCUCUCGCCAACUCCCAUUUCACUCACUGCGAAGUUAGGGUUUUUGGAAGACUGAGACAAGAACAAUGUCACAGGGGCAAGAGCUGGAGCAGGUGCAAUGCUUCGGCCGCAAGAAGACGGCGGUGGCGGUUACCUACUGCAAGCGAGGGCGCGGCCUUAUUAAGAUCAACGGUUGCCCCAUCGAGCUCGUCGAACCGGAAAUCCUCCGGUUCAAGGCUUUUGAGCCGAUCCUCCUUCUCGGAAAGAGCCGGUUCGCGGGAGUAGAUAUGCGAAUUCGCGUCAACGGUGGUGGCCACACCUCCCAGAUUUAUGCCAUUCGUCAGAGCAUUGCUAAAGCCCUCGUCGCCUUCUACCAGAAGUACGUGGACGAACAGAGCAAGAAGGAGAUCAAGGACAUCCUCGUUCGCUAUGACCGCACGUUGCUCGUUGCAGACCCCAGGCGCUGCGAGCCUAAGAAGUUCGGUGGUCGCGGUGCCCGAGCCAGGUUCCAGAAGUCUUACCGUUGAGAGAGAGGAGGAAGGUGUAUUCAUGUUUUGUUUCGGUUCAUGUUUUAUGCUGUGAAAAACAAUUUUUGUUGGGGAAUUUUGUAGUGAUUUUGAUGGCUUGUUCUUAUUUGUUGGAUGUUCUGCUAUUUUUAUUUAAUAGGGACGAAUUGAAUUCUGGAACAGUUAUAGAUUAAUUUUGAAAUUUUGGUUUUUUGUCUGAGCAUUAUUGUCUACACCUAGUUCUGGGAAUGUUGAAAUUAAAUGCCAUUGUAAUGAAAUCAUGGGAUACAAGGUGGUAAUCUGAAAGACCUUUGUAUUGAUUUGCAAAUUGGGAUAGAAUCCCUAAUUGGAACCA